AGGAACUACAAGGAACAUUUCUCUCAGUUCUUCAAACAGGGGUUCACUUGAUAACAAAGUUCCUCCAGCUGUGUAAUGGAUCCAACUGAUGCAUAUGAAUGUCUCACUGAUGGCCGUCUUGAUCAACUGAAAAAAGGCAGAGGAGAUCAGGAACUGGCAGAGUAUCGUGGCUGGUCAAGAGAACUUACCCAAAGAAAAUGGUCACCUCUGGUGAUCUACCUUCUCCUGGGUGUCUCCAUCCUGCUGUCUGUGGUGAUUCUAGGCACUGUGUUUAAACUAUCUCGAGGAACCUCUGAGCAGACUGAAAGCUUCAUCGCUGAACUUAGGAAUGAAAUUUCACAGCUGAAGGAGAAUCUGCUUCACAUCCAACUGCCCGACCAGUGGAGCCAGGGGAAACAAAGGCGUUACUACUUUUCAACACAGAAAACAACUUGGAAAGAAGCUCAGACAUUCUGUGAAUCCAUGGGGGCCCACCUUGUUGUCAUUAACAAUGCUGAGGAGCAGAUGUAUUUGCAACAGAAUGGACGAUGCACUAAUUGGAUUGGACUCCAUGACACUGUUGAAGAAGGGAAAUGGCGUUGGGUGGAUGGGACAGAUUAUGAUUCAAAUAUGAAGUUUUGGGACAGCAGUCAGCCGAAUGGCCAUGAAGAAGACUGUGUGGUGAUGUCCUGCAGUGGACAAUGGCAUGAUUGGCCGUGCGAUUCUAUUCAUACCUCAAUCUGUGAAAAAUCAGCAUAACGUUGUUUUCCUUUUUGUUGCAAUUGAUAGAAAUCUGUCAAUAAAUAUUCAAUCUAUGUUGUUAUGACCAAGUUGGGAGGAAUGUUACACAUCACAACAUCGUUCAUUGUCUGACCCAAUUCCUGAUUCGGACAAUCAAAUGGUAUUUCCACACUAAGCUUGAAAUAAAAUGAUCCAUUGAUCAGAUUUCUUUAAAAAA